AUGGAGAUGCCACGGGACCAGCUCCUCAGCUACUUAACAUCCAAGAUACCUCACUCUGGCACCGACUGCGUUCUUGUCGCUGUAGAUGGACGCGACGGAGCCGGUAAAACCGUCUUCGCAGACGAGCUAGCCGGAAAAUGUCGCCAAACUCUUUCGUCAGACGUAAUACGAAUAUCCAUUGACGAUUUUCACAACACUCGUGAAAAGCGUUACUGUCGUGGCCCCAAGUCCCCAGAAGGGUUCUAUCUCGACAGCUACGACUACGAUCAAUUUCGGAGCCAUGUGUUGGAGCCCCUGGGUCCCAAUGGAUCGAGAAAGUUUAGGAAACGCGGCCACGACUUGCUUACGGAUCGCGUCAUUGAAGAUGAGCCGGAAGCUGAAGCCAAGCCGGGGUCUGUUGUUAUAGUGGACGGCAUAUUCUUACACCGCCCAGAACUUGAAAAGGCUUGGAACAUGUCUGUAUUUCUGGAUGUUUCGGCGGAAGUUUGCGCGCAGAGGAUGCUGGUUCGUGAUGGGAGUGCGCCGCAGCUUGUUCCUACGGAUAGGUACUUUGGAGGACAGAAGAUGUACCUGGACACUUGCGAACCAGAGAGUAAGGCAGACUUUGUUGUGGAUAACUCGAGGCCUGAUGUUGCGAUAUUGAAGAAGCCGAUAUUAUAUGAGUUUGAAAUGGUUCGGACUCCAGGCUCUGGGAGGUCUAUCCGCAUGGCUGAUAGAGAUAUUGUGUUGCACCAUACCAAGACUUGA